AUGUCUACGGAAGCCGACGCAUGGCCAGCGAUGGCCGAGAAGGCGCGAGCCUUCUUGGACGAGCAGUCUCGCGCAACGCUGGGGGUGCAUGCCCUCCAGGCGAGUAUGUUGCAUAUGCACGAGCCGCCCAGUGAAGACAAGGAACUCCAGUUGGACUGGGACUUGUACCGUGAAGUGCCGGCCUCGAUGGAGCAGGAAGAGGCAUUGCUCCUCGACUAUUUCCGCAAACUGAAAUUCAUAUACUUGGAACAGGAAACGAAGCUGCGUUUCCUGGCCGACUUGCAAGACGAUCCAGAGACGGGCCAGGAGCCUCAGAUCUUGUCUACCGCCGACGUCGCUCAGCGCGAGCAGGAGUGCAAACGGGUCAAGCAACAGCUUGUCGAAGCCAAGACGCGUGUUCGCGACUUGCGCACAGAAAUUGAUACCGCCGCCGAGGCGCUCGCCGGUCCGUACCUCGCCGUGGAAGAGGGCACAGCGGAAGCGUCGCAACUCCUCUCGUCGAUCACAGAUAUGGAGCUGGAGCUGGCCAAGAUAAAGGCAGCGGAAGGUACGCAUGGCGCCAUGACCACCGAGGAGGCGGAAGCAUACUGCGACGAACAGAUUGUCAGUAUGCAAACCCUGGACGACGAAACCACCCACACGAUGCACCAACUAGAAAGCGCUAAGCGUGAGCUCCAGGACGCGCUACGCACCCUGGACCGCCUGAAAUCUGAACGUAUCGCUGCCGAGAAGCGCGCGAAUGAGGCCAAAUUGGGCCGUGGGCGUGAUAAGGGCCGCGAUUGGGAGCUGGAGCGGCUGUGCGCCAAGCACACCUCCAUGCUCGAGACGCUGCAAAACGCCCUGGGCUUGGCGGCUAUGGAGGCCCCAACGCCGGACGAAUUGCGGCUGACAUUUGUCGCACCUUCAGCCACCUCUCGUUCAUCUCGACGAUCCACACGGUCGUCGCGUCACGACGACGAUCCCGAGGCACGCAUUCUCGUACUGCAAUGGGACGAGCCGGGUGGCCGCUUAAUCCAUGCCUCCCUACAAACAUUGCAGGGCGAGGCACUUUCUCUGCCAAACGAAACAUGGCCUGCCUAUACCAAGAACGCAUUUCACACGAACGAUGCUGCAGGCCUUGUCCAAGCUAUCUGGGCUACCUGUGUAUAG